CAGGUAUCUUUGAAGGGACGUCGAGGGGCGAGUUCUGGGCUGCUUUCUCUUCACUGAAAGACGAGAUCUUUGUUCUAGAUCCGCGCGUCCUGCCAUCUUUCUGGCAUAGAGAAUGGGAAGAGAGGCCUCCCGAGACCUGUAACCAACUGAUGAGAAAAUGUGUCUCCAGCUUGUGGUCCCUGGAGCCCAGCCAGAAUCAGGCUCGGCCAACCUUCAUUUGGGGCUUCCUAGGCCAGGUUUGGUUAGAAUCAGGGUUUGCCUUGUCACUCACUAGACAGGAGCUGAAGGACAUGUCUACUCUGUCCCUUUCAACCUCUACCUGAGCAGAGUUAUCCAGCCCUCAUCUUGGGAUUAAAUCAAGAACCUCACCUAGAGCCUCACACAUGCUAGUCACACAGACCAAUGCUGACACCCCGAGAGGGGACUGCACAAGUUGGAAAAAAUCAGGAAAGAGGAUCCCUGGGGGUCAGAGAGACUGGCUGCUCCUUCAUCAAGUGGGCAGCAGCCCACCUGGUGUAGGUGGCCAUGGGGAAGAGAUACUUCUGUGACUACUGUGACCGCUCCUUCCAGGACAACCUCCACAACCGAAAAAAGCAUCUGAAUGGGCUUCAGCACCUCAAAGCCAAGAAGGUGUGGUACGACAUGUUUCGAGAUGCAGCUGCCAUCUUACUGGAUGAACAGAACAAGCGACCCUGCAGGAAGUUCCUGCUGACAGGUCAGUGCGACUUUGGUUCCAACUGCAGAUUUUCCCACAUGUCAGAACGAGACCUGCAGGAACUGAGCAUCCAGGUGGAGGAGGAGAGGCGAACCAGAGAAUGGCCACUAGAGACUGCUGAGCUUCCUGAGGGUCAUCUGGAGGACUGGCUGGAGAAGAGAGCUAAGCGGCUGAGCUCAGCACCAAGCAGCAGGGCUGAACCCAUCAGAGCCACUGUCUUCCAGUACCCUGUGGGCUGGCCUCCAGUGCAGGAGCUUCCCCCCUCCCUGAGGGCACCCCCACCUGGAGGGUGGCCCCUGCAGCCCAGCGUCCAGUGGGGCUGAGCCCCUUUCCCCACCUGAUUCCCAGCUGGUCAGCUGUCUGGUCAGUCCCAAUAAAGACAACUGCUCAGCCUGGGGA